AUGGAACCCUUACGACUUAAGCCCAGACAGCCCGUCGAGGCCGGCAUAGAAAACUGGGACGACGAUGACUUUGUGGUGGAAGGCGACGAUUUAUCCUUCCGCAGCCCAUCUACUGCCACGAACAAUCCUUCGCGACCAUCCUCUUCAAGGCGGCGCGAUUCUGGGUCAUCCCACUUUUCAUUUAGAUCUGAACUUGAAGGAGAAGAAGAGCAACAUGUCCAUAUCCCAGGAGAUGACGAGAAGUCAACGCUGGAUGCCAUCGCCGCAGCCCAAAAUGCCGGCAUCCCAUUACCAUCAAAUGUACCAUCUUCUGCUCUCAUGGGAGGUACUAUCAAACGUCUUGGUGGACGAAAAAUCCGCAAGAUCAUCCAAGACGAUUGGGAGAACGACCUAGAGAUCCCCGACUCCUCACAAGGUCUAAAGAUGAAGAAACCGGAGCAACCUAAAUCUCCCGAGACCUCGCGGCAUGUCAGCUUUGGAUCAUCUACACAUACUAGCCCUAUUAGCUGGGGCAACUCACCCCCUACUUCUCCCUUUGACAAAGUCAAUCGACGUGAGUCUACUCAAUCAAUUCAGUCUAUCCAAAGCAUGCAGUCUAUUCAGUCUGCCACGAGCAGUCUUUCUGCCGCCAUAAAUUUGGAUAGGUUUAAAGACGCUGAUGACGAUGAUGACUUUUUUGGAGACGGAGGCGACACUAUUAGAGCCUCUAAGAGUCGUCAACUUCCAAAACCUGUUUCUUUUAUCACACCGCCUACUCCUCAGAGAGAAACCAAACCCUCCAACCCAGAGGAUGAUUUUGAGAUGGAUCUUGAGCUUCCAUCAGACGGAAAACUUAAACUCUCCACCAGAAAGGAGAUCCCCAAGACACCUUCCAACCAGUCAGAGGAUCUGGACUGGGGAGAAGGAAGCCUAGGCACUCGAUAUGGUGGCACUAGGCGAGACGCGCGUUCUGCCCGAAGCUCCGCGGCUUCUGCGCUUAGCCCAAGUGUGUCAAGUUCUAUCACUGCUGAAAGUGAAGAUGAGACUUUUGAUGGACUUGUCCUCCCCCCCGGGCCUGUUAACUGGACUGAGAGGCUUCAACAGAGGCGGAAGAGUCGAUCGCCCAACCGCAUCUCCGAAGAACCUAUUGUACCCGCAAAGAAGAUCCCGGCAGCUGAAGCCGAUAAGCCUGAUUUUCUUGAUGGCCUUGACCUCGGUGAAGGAGAUGUCUUUGAUUCGAGCAAGCUCACUCUGCACAAGAAUGUCAGAGUCAAAGAAACACGACCGGCGAGCCCGGCUCGACCCAAAGCGGCAGUGUCGCUUACAUUUACACACAAACCACUCAAUUCAACACGGAUACCUCGGUUGAAUCACCACGAACGAACACACUCGACAUCGUUGGAGCCUGUCUCCGAGAGCGGCGGCCCUAUCCCCCAGCGCACUCGUCGCUCACAUUCCAGAUUGGGCCACUCAUCCCAAUCCUCCAUCGUCAGCCUGCCAACUCCUACUACGACCUCACCAUCUCAUGGGCUGCCGCCCACUCCACGCAGAAGGGAAGUCAAUCUUCGCACCUCUACAAAUUCACUUCGGACUGAGCCGACAACCACUAGUGCCCAGCUACUGAAACAAAAACGCUCCCUGCCUGCCAUUCGGGGACAGAACACUCCGGCCAAGCAGCCUUCUUACCGUCAUGAGAGACCUCCUUCAAGGUCGGAAAAUAAUCGACCAUCGUCAGGAGUGAGGCCAAAGACGCCCACAGAACGUCAGCGAUAUGGCGCGGCAGAUAGCCCGGCAACUGUCCGCAAGUCUCACCUGCCAUUUCUGCCUGCUGGAGCUUCUCAGUCGCAGUCGCAGCACGUUGCUACAAAGCAGACUCGUGGAUUCCGUCGACAUGAUUCAGACAAUUCUAUUAGUUCUAUUGACCUACGCCCUAGCUCUCGUACACUUUCCCGGUCGACAAUGCGAUCACCCAGCCCAAACCAUCGCCACCGCAUUACUGCCGAUACUUGGGAGCGUUUGAGCAAGCCAAAGAACAAGAAGAACUUUGGCGAUGGUCACGAAUUGGACGGUUUUGAUGAUUUACCCACAUCCAAAGAGACCGAGACAAAGUACCUGAAGCAACCUACUAGCUCAGGACCAAAGGUUGCUUUGCGUAACAAGCUGUAUCAAAACGUUCUGCCAGACAGGAACACUACCACGUCUCCAUCAAUACCUCCUACCCCUCGACCAUCCUUUACUCCUCACUUUGCUCGUGAUACUGCUGCAAGCAGAAUUGCCCGAGAGACUGCUCUGGCUCAACGGGUCCCUAGCAGCGGCCCGUUGACGCCUCUGAACUCCCAGCGUGUCGCUCACCUUUCCUCGCGAGGCAAUCUGACUCCUACCAUCCCCCAGUCGAAUAUUCGAUCGAGAAAGCACAAGCGACCACAGCAGACCAAGCCUCAUUUGAUUUCAAACCUGAAUAGUGGUAAAGAGUCGAAGAUGGUGAAUGGCAUGUUCUACAACGCAGACACAUACAGAUGGGAAGGCAAUGAGAACGCCCUCAAUGUUUUUGAACCCCCUGUACAAACACCUACUAAAGCAGUUGUGUCAAGCAACACCCGCGAGAAGGAAACGUCAACACCUCGCCCUGCACUCAUUACUAAUAUCAGCGCCACGAAGGGUGUUCAAGUUGUUGGUGGCAUGGUUUUUGAUCCGCAGAACAUGUGCUGGCUUAAACUUGAUAAUCCUGCUAAGCCGACUUCUGAGACUAGCGACACUAUGGAUGGGUUUGACGCGCUAGAUGACGAAGACGUUUUCAAGGAUAUUCCUGACUUGGAAGAUAAUACUGCUGACGAUGAGGGCGCCCAGGGUCGUGUUAGCGACAUCAAGGAUGAGUGGCUCGUCGGCGAAGAAUUUGACGUUGGACCCGAGUUUAUCAGGCGACAACGAGAAGAAGAAGAUCGGUGGAGAAAGAAGUGCGAGAAAUGGAUCGGCCGAGGAUCCAGAGAUCGCGAAGCUUGGCGGUGGACGAUACGCGAGCUUGUCUCACAGUUUGACGAUUUGACUGUGUGA